AUGGAGGAACAGGAGAGACUAUCUCUGGACGAGCUGCCCAUGUACAAUAUAUCACUGUCGCCACCAAAUCGAUGGAUUAAGCGUCUACUCCACGUGAGCGACACUAUUGUCUCCUUGCUGAUUAUCACUCCUCUUGCCGUCGCUCACUGGCGCGGAACGUGGACAUUUAUGGACUAUCACGAGGAGAUUUUCCCACCGUGGCACUGCUUCCUCCUCGGCAGUGUGCUCCACACGGCUUUCGCCCUACUGCGGGAGUCUCUCCACGAGGAAUUCUCCACAACGAGCGACACCAAGUCCAUCUGUCGCACCAUCAAGCAUUUCAUCAUAAGCAAAACCUACACAUAUAUCUUCAGCAUUGCAUGUAUCCUGCAAUGGCGCGGAGGAUGGGCUGUUCUCGACUAUCACUUUGGUCACACUCCUCAUGUGGCUAUCAUCGUCACUGCUGUGACCUUUGUCAUCCUCGUGGCCAUUCGGUGCGUCCGCAACACUCUGGCCCCACCAUUUGUCAUCAUCAUGGACUACAGGGAUUCCGCCUUCAUCUUCCCCACGAGAUUCCGCAUCGAAGGUGGCCACAAGCCGGGACUUUAUGUCCUCGACUGUGCAUUUUCUGUGCUCUGUGUUGGAACGUUGGUGGUCUUCGUGUGGCGUGGCGUUUGGCUUCUCAUGGAUCUCUACUUGUUCCCCACGGAUACCCAUCUUUCAGCCUUCCUGUCUCUUGCCAUUGGAUAUGGAACCGUGGCAGUAAUCUUUGCCAUUCAGCCCAUCAUGAGGUGGACGUGUGAGCGACUUGAAGGUUUGUGGCGUGUCGCUGCUACGGAUGUUUUUCUCAGCCUAAGUUUCGUCGGCACAGUGAGCAUUUGGCGAGGAGUGUGGUACUGCAUAGAUUUCUAUUUCCUCCCACACUACCUAAUAGAGAGUAUUUGGAUAACACACGCGGCUUCCUUAAUCCUCCUUGCCUUUCUCAAUUGCUCCAACUCAGUGCUCCUUCGUGGCGUGUACAUUGAUGCUGAGGAACCCGCUGGACAGUGUGUAGUCUUUCCUGUGUAUUAUAUCCGUCAACUAUUUCAAAAAGAGCGAUCCAGGAAGCAAAAGCGGCUCCUUAACACUCUAGAGAGACACGAUAAUAACACUUUUCUCCUCAUAGAGGAUCCAACAAAUAAUGUGAGAAGUAAUAAAUAUUGUGAGAGUGAAAAUUUAAAUAAUAACACCAAGAUAAUUGAUGAAGAACAAUGUGAACCGAUUUUUCAAGAGUAA